AUGGCUAAACAAUCCUUGAUUGUUAAGAACAGUUCUUCGUCUAAUGGAGCGAUGUUCAGCAGCGAAGAAGAAGAGGAAGAAGAAGAAAUUGAUGGUGAAAGUGACAAGUUUUUCAGCUUAUCGUCUAAUUCGUCUGACUCAUCUCGCCGGAAAACAAGCAAAUCUCGACUGAACAAGCCUAAAACUCGCCGGAGAAGAGGGAAGAGCAGGAGUCCUGAGAUGGGUCGUUCUAAAAUCGAAGUAUUAUCGACAAACCGAGUUGGGUUUUGCAGCGAAACCGACGAAAACAACUCGAAAUCUCGCCGGAAAACCGCCAUAACUGGCCCGAAAACCGGACCGGAAAGUGAAGUUGAAGACAGGAUUGAGUGUUUCUUCGCCGAUUCGGGUCGUACUCGCCGGAAAACCGGUGAAAGUAGUCGGCGAAGAAGUGGGGAGCGGCGGUGGCCGGUGGUUGUGGGUGGCGGUGGUGGGAGUAAGGUUGAAGAGAGCUACGCGGUGGUGAAAGAUUCAAGCAAUCCGUACGGGGACUUCAGGGAAUCAAUGGUGGAGAUGAUAGUAGAGAAAAGUAUAUAUGGAGCUGAAGAUCUUGAGAAGCUUUUGCAGUGUUUUCUGUCUUUGAAUUCAUCUUAUCAUCACAGUGUCAUUCUUAAUGUUUUCUCUGAGAUUUGUGAAGCUUUGGUCACUCACUGA